AUCCAGUAUUUCUAUGUCGCGCAAACAAUUUCAGUGAAGGAACGGAGAGAGACUGAGUUGAAUGGACGUAACUUUGUCAUAAUUUUAAAUGCGACACUUGAAGCAGAUUCUCAUUGAGAGAAUUACAGCACUAGAACGUGGAAUCUCCGAUAGCAUUUGUUUUAUAUCCUCUCACGCGCGUUGACACUUGACAUCCAUUGCAGAAAUGCUAAAGUGAUAAUGUUUUGAGGUUAUGUCAAAUAAUGACAUUGAUAAACAUUGGAGAUGAAAAUAUAAAAUGAAUUAGAGAAGCUUUCUGUGAGAAUAUAAGUGAGCUUCCAGUGCCAUGACAGCAAAUCAUGUUACGUAACAGAGGGAAACGUACACUUAAAGGUGUGAAAGAACUGGAUGCAUUUCCCAAGAUCCCAGAGACCUAUGUUGAAACAUCGCCAGUGGGUGGUAUAUUGUCCUUGCUGACUCUUGUUAUCAUAAUAAUUCUUAUAUAUGCUGAAGUGUCAUAUUUUCUGAGCAGUCGCUUUGUAUUCAAGUUUGUACCUGAUACAGAUAUAGAUGCCAAGUUGAAAAUCAACAUAGAUCUCACUGUAGCAAUGCCUUGUGGUGCCAUAGGUGCUGAUAUUCUUGACUCUACUAACCAAAAUGUACUACAGUUUGGUUUGCUUGAACAAGAAGAAACGUGGUUUGAACUUGACCUUGAGCAGAGGAUGCAGUUUGAUAGUAUGCGACAGGUCAACUCCUACCUAAGAGAAGAAUUUCAUGCAUUACAAGAUCUGUUGUGGAGAUCAGGCCAAAACACAUUAUUUGCAGAGAUGCCUCAACGGAAUGUUCUCCCAUCAGGACCUCCAAAUGCAUGUAGAGUAUUUGGUAGCCUAGUGCUGAAUAAAGUAGCUGGCAAUUUCCAUAUUACUGCUGGCCGUUCACUUUCCUUACCUCGUGGGCAUGUUCACAUUUCAGCUUUUGUCUCGGAUGCUGCAUACAAUUUUUCUCACCGUAUUAAUCGUUUCUCAUUUGGGGAUCCCAGUCCCGGAAUAGUUCAUCCCCUGGAAGGAGAUGAAAAGAUCACUGAGCAGAAUAUGAUGCUUUAUCAAUAUUUUGUGGAUGUUGUGCCCACUGAUGUAGACACUUUCCUCAGAAGGAUGACUACAUAUCAGUAUUCUGUUAAAGACCAUGAGAGACCAAUCAAUCACAUGAAAGGUUCUCAUGGUAUCCCAGGAAUCUUCUUCAAGUAUGAUAUGAGUGCACUUAAAGUGAAAGUUAUUCAAGAGAGAGAUACGUUUGGACAGUUCAUUGUUCGACUUUGUGCGUCUGUUGGUGGCAUUUAUACAACUUCUGGUAUCAUAAACAGUGUUGUGCAACUGCUGAUAGAAUACCUUGCAAGCAAAUUGUGGAAGAAGACAAACACGAAAAGUGAUACAUUAGAACAUAAAUUAGUGCAGGAGGAAAUAAGAACUACAACCACCUCAUCUCUUUUACUUCCAAACAGUGUGCCACACAUUCCAAGUCAGCAAGUCAUGAGUGAGGUGCCUUUGCUUGUAACAGAUAAUGGGACAAAUGCAGAACUACCAUACAGCACUUCCCACGUAUCAUAACAGUGUGAUGCAAGCUUGUGGUGUUAAAAGCUUUGUUACGAGUGAUUCAGAGAUACUGUUUCACUGGGUGGUUCUGUGAUGUGAAGUUGCCUUAGAAUUUGUAUCAGCUUGUGGCAGUUGUCAGUUUAGUUUGUUUUAUAACAACACAAUGAAGGAAACUCAGGUCAGAAAUCAGUGCCAUGACGCAAAGUAAUUAAGAUCACAUCUGCCAAUGGCAUUAGUCUGACGGAUGCUAUUUCACAACGGCAGAUAAUUUUAAAUCCUACCUGAGGUAUCAAAUGCAUGAUUGAGAGAUAUGAUAAAACAUGAAAACUUAGUUAUCUUUUCGUCUUAACAAAAAUGACUUACUCUUUUUUUACCCCAUACACAUUAUGGUGAGCUGAUUUUGCAGUUACCUGGAAAGAAUUUACCUCAGAAUGAGUUUCCUUCGUCCUAGGAUUCUUUACUCAUUUAGUUAACCAGUGCAACUCAAUGAAAUAAAUUGUCUUUCUCCAAAUAAUUUUCACUAAUUUACAGGACUUCAUGGCUAAGAAAUGGACAAAAGACACAGUCUUACAGUAUAUUAUGUUGACAAUUUUUUUGGCGUAAUAUGGAUAUGUGUGGUAUUGAUAUUCCUUUGCAAAUAUUCUACAUUUGAUCUCCCUGUGUAAUCAAGUAAAUUAUUGCUUGCAUGGAUGUUUCAGUGUGAUGUAAGGUAUAAACAAACCUUUUGGAAUUGUACUGCAAGCUGAUGAGCCACUUUCUGUUUUGAAAUCUUUGGAUGUACUAUUUUCAGUAUAUUCAUUUAUUUGAUGGCUUACCCGGUUACCAGUACCUAUUUUCUGUAUAAGAAUCUUCUUUUUCUUCCAUUAGUAAGUACACAUUAUGGUACUUUGCAGCUUCAAGUAUGCACCUUGUGGAUCCAUCUCAUUGAUACAUAAAGCUUAUAUUUUGUGCAAAACAUAUAGUACUCUGAUGUUAAGCUGGGUGGAUUCUUGCAUUAUUCAUUGAAACAAUUAAAAAAAAAUUUUCAAACAUGGUGUGUAACUUCUCAGUGUUUGCUGUGCCUACAAUAUUUAUCAGUUAAUAUAUUGGAAAGAAAAGAGAUCUCAAAUCUGAUCUUGUUGCUGUAUGUAUUGUGUGAGUGUGCUAUGAGCAAUUUGUUUGUCAUUUUGUGAUUUUUCAAUGAAAUGUUACAUUUUGGGUUAUUUGAAUAACUGUGAAAUUUAUUUGGUUUGAUUUACAAAUGUAUCUUACAUUGUUGUGUAAUGUGCAGUUACAAAUACUGUGAAAGUAUCCUGUUAUGCUGAAUACUUGUCAGUCAGUUUUGUUACAGAAAAUGAAAAAAAAAGAGCAGUUGAGUGAUAAAUACAGUUCAUCAAAGUUAAUUUGGGACAGCACAAAUAUUAUGAAUGCACACUUACAAGAAAUUUCAUGGAAAUUACAGGAAAAAGUUUGAUUAUUAAAUUUGGGUUAAUAAUCAAACUAAUUGUUUGAGUGAGGUAGCAAAGGAAGAAAAAAAUAAAAAUAUUUUCAUGCAUGGUUUUGCAAAUUGAUGUUCAGUUACACUUUAUUUGUAUUCCUUUCCUGUUUGUGGAUAUUGUGUGUUGUGGGAAGUUGUUUUAUUUUUUGCACUUUUAUUAAUUGAAAACAGUAUUAAGAAAUAUAUUUCUUCAAAAGUUCGCAGAAACUAAAUGACUGUGUUUAUAUCUUUGUAUAGAAUGUGGCCUAGUUUCAUGAGAGAAGAGAGAAUGGUAUGUCCUAAAGCCUCGGAUGCCUGGUGUAUCUCAUUUAUCACAUUAGUCUAUCCUAAGAGUUGCUUGUAGCAGAAUACUGUUCUAACUUGUGCUUCUGGUUUUGUAUGGACUGUAAUCUGUCACUCUUCCCACACUCUAUGUGUGAAUGGACUGGGAAGAAGCCCUAAUAACUCUCAGAGUGAGAAGUGUCCUCUGCCAUGCACUGUUGUUAGCAGAGUUUAGAUGUAGAUUAUACAGGCUGACCCAUAAUUAUGUAUAUGAUGUUUCAAAGAUUGUGGUGAAGAACCCAGUAACAUAACUUGAACACAAGCAAGUUACUCUCAUACCUUUCCUCACAAGAAUUUUAAUCUCUGCUCUCCAGCGCAUGGUCCACCGACACACUGUCCAAAUAUGAUACUAUUAUUUUAUGGACUAUUAGUGUGCUACAAGCAAAUUGUUUGCCAUUUUGUGACUUUUCAAUGAAACAUUACAUUUUGUGUUGUUUGAAUAAUUGUGAAAUGUAUUUGAUCUGAUUUAUUAGUGUAUCUUAUGGAGAUAAAGAGCAAUGUCACAUAGCAGUUUGACAGACCUGUACUGGUAUCCUGUGGAACUCUUUGUGAUAACUUCUUAUACUUUGACCAAGUUGCGUAUCUGAUGUUGAUACACUUUGUUCUUUGAAACACACUGACAUGUUCUCUCAAACCUGGAUUUUCGUUCAGCUUUCCCAGCCAUUUUUCUACAAACUCAAAAUGCUUAUCCGGAUCAUCAUCAUUAGGAUCAUUUAUCAAAUGAGCAUGAUGUGGCCUUCAUUUCAGAUUCUUCAUUAUUCUCUGCAGUAUUGUAUGUGAAAUGUACAACUCUCUGGAUGUACCGUUCACUUAAACACUACUAGUAGCAUAAAAUUUAGUGUUUAUUCUGGAGAUUGUUAACACAGAGGGGCAUUUACUCCAAACUUGACUGCGAUGCUCCACCUCACCUCUGCGUAGUUGUUUGUUGCAGAACACAAAUGUACACAAUGCACAAACUGUUACGCAGAUAAUAGUUCUACAUCUACAUACAUACUACACAAGCUGCCAUAUGGUGUGUGGCGGAAGGUACCCUGUACCACUACAGGUCAUUUCCUUUCCUGUUCCACUCACAAAUUUCCUAUAUCUUGGGGGUCCUUACACAAAAUGCAUGUUGGUGGCAGAAGAAUUUUCUGCAGUCAACUUCAGAUGCUGGUUCUCCAAAUAUUUGCAAUAGAGUUACUUGAAAAGAACAUCACCUUCCCUCCAGGCAUUCCCAUUUGAGUUCUCAAAGCAUUUCCAUGACACUUGCAUGUUGUUCGAACCUACUGGUGACAAAUCUAGCAUCCCAUCUUUGAAUUGCUGCAGUGUCUUCUUUUAAUAUGACCUAUGAUGAUCAAUAUGAUUAAUAUGAUCAAACGUACAUCAUCAGGGUAUAUACGCUACAGGACAACUGGGGAAAACCUGAGAAUUUUUUCAUUAUUUUAGUUUUCAGUUAAAUUUUUGUAGUUUUAACUUGUAAGAACUGAUACUGUAACAAAGAAUUUUACUUUAGCCUUUUACUGUAAUAUAAUAC